ACAAAUGUCAGACUGACACGAGGACACCUCCGGCUACUGUGCUUUUACUCUUCAACACUGUGCUGUCGCGACAAGCCUGAAAACGGGCUAAUCACUCAUAAAUAACACUGGUAUACAACGUUUAGCUUCGAUGCUAACUGUAGAAAUAAGAGUUAAAAUGUGUCAGCUGGUGGCACAACACUGAUCUGAUGUGACCGCGACAGACAGAGAUUAUGUAAGAGGAAGUGUUUACUGAGACAGGCCAGCUGUGAUCGUCCCUCAACCCACGACAAAAAGGUGAAUCGUCUGUCCUCGGUGGGUCAAAGUUGAGCUGAGCUGGAGCUGACUGCUCCCGAGCGGCUGACACCGACAAGUUCCUGCACAUUCCUGCACAAUGACAGCGAAAAACAUCUCUCGUUUCUGGGAAUGGGGGAGGAAGAUUAUCUGCGUGGGGAGAAACUACGCGGAUCACGCCAAAGAGCUGAAAAACGCGAUCCCCACGGAGCCCGUCCUGUUCCUGAAGCCCCCGUCGGCAUAUGUCAGAGAGGGCUCCCCGAUCCUGGUGCCCGGGUACUCCGGCAACCUGCACCAUGAGGUGGAGCUGGGGGUGGUGAUCGGGAAGGGGGGCACGGCCAUCCCUCAGUCUGCCGCCAUGGAGCACGUCGCCGGCUACGCGCUGUGCUUGGACAUGACAGCCCGGGACGUCCAGGACGAGUGCAAGUCCAAGGGUCUGCCCUGGACCCUGGCUAAAGCCUUCAACACCUCCUGCCCCGUCAGCGAGUUCAUCCCCAAGGAGCGCAUCCCCGACCCGGGCAACGUGAAGCUGUGGCUGAAGGUGAACGAGCAUCUGCGUCAGAGCGGCUGCACCUCCCAGAUGAUCUUCUCCAUCCCCUACCUCAUCAGCUACAUCAGCGACUUCAUCACCCUGGAGGAAGGGGACCUCAUCCUCACCGGGACCCCCAAAGGAGUCUCCGCCGUGCAGGAGCACGACGAGCUGCAGGCCGGGAUCGAGGACGUGGUCACCAUGAGCUUCAGGGUGGACAGACGAGAGCAGUAGUGAAAACUAUGAAGAAGAAACUUUCAUGAUGAGGGGGAGACAAAUAAUCAGACUGACGAGGAGAAAGUGAUUUGACUGCAAACCUGAACCUCACUGCUUUUAAAUCUCCUGUCAGGGUCUGUGUGUGUCAGCAGGUGGCAGUGCAGUGCCACACAAGAGACCACAUUUCUGAUAAAUCCAAUAUUCAGAGUUUGACUCUGAACAACAUCUUGGUACCUGACGAUGAAAUACUGUGUAGUUCUUAUAUCUUUCACUUACACCAAAGAAAAUCAAUCGUCACACCAUCUUUGUCUCAUAUCACCAAACUUUUACUCAGAU